AUGGACGAAGAAAAAGACCAGGAUGGUGAUGAUGAUGGAUGGAAAACAAUUAAACCGGAUGUUAUCCUAUUUGAAACAUCGAUUGGCACAUUACAACCUAGAUAUAUAAACGAAACAUUCAAUCUCAUGAGCACCGUAUUAAAGAAAAGGAGCCUUGAAAAGCCCAUACCUCAUCCAAUUUUGGAUGAUCCAUCGAAAAUGAUGAGAAUUAUAGCCAAUCCAGUCUAUGAUAAAUUAACUUUUUCACGUGCAGUUAAUAUGCGCAAAGUUACUUCUACUCAUCAACAAUCACCCCAAUUGAAUAGACCAAAACAAAAAACUCUGAAUACGCGAUCUAAAUCUACUGAUACUUCACACACUGACAUAACGGCUCUACCCAAUCCAUCAGAAUUAAAUAUUAGUAAAGUGGAGUCAAAUAUAUCAUUUACUCGUCGAGGUGCUGCUGCUGCUGCUGCUGCACCGCCACCCUUUUGUCUUCCAACACCACCACCAGCAAAACUAAUAGAAGCACAAAUUCUUUCUUCAACUACUUCGCGUUCUCGUGCUAAAACUCCUCGAACAAAUACACAAACACUUCAAGCAGCAUUAACUGAAAACAAUAAAGAUGUUAAAAAGCCAAUAGCUGAUGGCACAGUUCGUUACGUAAACAGUCGUCAUGGUUUUGAAGUUCAACGUUACUCAUCAUCGAAUUGGUUAGCAGUUGAUGUAUACACAAAAGAUGCUUGUCAAUCGCACGAAAAAACUUUCCGUGAAAUGCUCGAUAAAAAACGUCAAUAUGAACGUUUAUCACGUAGUAUUUAUUCAUCGGAAUAUUAUACUCAACGAUGGGACGAAUUACUAAAAUCAUACAAACAAGGCCAUUUAACACAUGCCGAAUGGGCCCAGCAAAACUAUCAAUUAUUUUGUUUGAAAACUUUAUAUUCUCAAGCAAUCAAACGGGAACAAACUCAUAUUGAGGCAUUUGUGGGUAAUUCACGACGCGAUCGGGCUAAAAGCGCAUUUAAAGAAUGGAAAGAAACAAAAUCCGAUGACAAUCCUCAACAUCAAACUCGUUUAACUACAGCUCGUAGUCAUCGGACAACAGAAGCAGCGUCAUCAUCUUUUCUAUCAACGACUUCAUUUCCAAAUUCAUCAUCAAAGACAGGUGAUCAAAAUCAUACCACAUCAUCGGAUAGAAGCCAUCGGCUAUCAAUGUCAACCAAUACAGAUAGUGAACUUCAACGAAUACCAAAUAAUCAACCUAAAAAUUCUUCACAGAAUACAUCAAAUAUGUCAUCAUCAUCGUCAUCGUCGUCGUCGUCGUCAACAACAUCGUAUGUAUUCGAUGAACAACGUUGGUCGUUACACGCUAUGCUCAAACGUGUUGUUGGACUUGCUGAACCAUUAAAACAACCGUCAACUGUUACUAAACGUAAACAUUCACCUAUGACAAAUGCAAGCAAUGAUAGUGGUUUUGAAUCUAUUUCAUAA